AUGGCCCCGCUGGCUGCCGUGGUGCCCAGCCCCCACACCCGGCUCUUGGCCCGCUUCCUCAGGCUGGGCACCCAGCAGGUCGGCCCCCUGCAGCUGCACACGGGGGCCAGCUGUGCCGCCAAGAGCCACUAUGAGGUGCUGGUGCUGGGUGGGGGCAGCGGUGGGGUAACCAUGGCCGCCCGCAUGAAGAGGAGAGUGGGUGCAGAGAAUGUGGCCAUUGUUGAGCCCAGUGAGAGACAUUUCUACCAGCCCAUCUGGACGCUGGUGGGUGCUGGUGCCAAACAGUUAUCCUCGUCUGGUCGUCCCACAGCAAGUGUGGUUCCAUCUGGCGUAGAAUGGGUCAAAGCUAGAGUGGCUGAGCUGAACCCAGACAAGAACUGCAUCCACACAGACAAUGGCAAGGAGAUCUCCUACAAAUACCUUAUUAUUGCUCUUGGAAUACAGCUGGACUAUGAGAAG